AAUAUCAUAUGAAAUUCAGCUUUGUCCUUGCCGUGCCACACUCCUCUCUCUCACCUCCACUGCAAUCUUCAAAUGGUUACUCCAAUAGCUUCUUCUCCCAUUACACACACUAACAAGUAAUAACCACACCCAUUCAAAUUAAAAAAAAAAAAAAAGUAAAACAGUACCCAAAUGAUCAAGGUCGCCAUAGCCACCUUCCUUGCCAUACUUACCUCCUAUUUCCUCCCCUUCUCUCCUCUCCCAAAACCCACUUAUCACUCCCUCUUCCUUUCCACUUCACUCACCCAAAACUCCUCCAUUGCUCACCACCUCUUCACCUUGACCCGCCGGCCCCACAUCGCCGGCUCCGAAGCCAAUUCCGAUGCCGCAGCCUAUGUCCUGUCCACCCUCACCUCCUCCAAUUUCCACUCCCGCAUAGUCUCCUACCAGGCUGCUUUGACUUACCCUGCUUCUCGAACCUUGACUCUGACACCCCCACCGCCGGACCCUCCUUUCACCUUCGAGCUCCGUCAAGAAAUCUACCCCGGAGACCCUUACGCUGACGUAGCGGAUGAGGUUGUGCCAACUUUCCACGCUUAUGCUAAGUCUGGGUCGGUUUCUGGUCCCGUGGUGUACGUGAACUAUGGGCGUGAGGAUGACUACAAGACGCUCGACGAAAUGGGUGUGGAUGUUUCCGGUGCUGUUGUUUUGGCGAGGUAUGGACAAAUUUACAGAGGGGACAUUGCGAAGAAUGCGGGUAGUAAAGGGGCGAUUGGGGCUCUGGUUUAUACUGAUAGGAAAGAUUAUGGUGGUGGUGGAGACGACGGUGGAGAGUGGUUUCCGGAUGGGAAAUGGAUGCCUCCUAGUGGGGUCCAGGUGGGUACGGUUUAUAGUGGGAUUGGGGACCCUACAACACCUGGAUGGCCAAGUACAGAAGGGUGUGAGAGGCUUAACAAUGAAGAGGUGGAGGAGAGUGGUGAAGUUCCUUUGAUACCUUCAUUGCCAAUUUCUGCAGCAGAUGGAGAGAGGAUAUUGAGGACGAUUGGUGGGCAAGUUGCUAAGGAGGAUUGGCAAGGUAGCAAAGAUGGCCCUAUUUACAGGGUUGGACCAGGUCCUGGAAUUGUUAAUCUCAGUUACUUUGGAAAGCAAUUCAUAGCGACAAUUAAGAACAUAAUUGGUGUGAUUGAAGGAGCAGAAGAACCUGACCGAUUUGUGAUUUUGGGUAAUCAUCGGGAUGCAUGGACAUUUGGAGCCGUUGAUCCAAAUAGUGGAACUGCAGCACUUCUUGAGGUUGCCCAAAGAUUCAGUAAGCUGCAGAAAAGAGGGUGGAAACCACGUCGAACAAUCAUCUUGUGCAAUUGGGAUGCAGAAGAAUACGGCCUGAUAGGAUCAACUGAGUGGGCAGAAGAAAACAGGGAAAUGCUUGCUUCAAGGGCUGUUGCAUACUUGAAUGUUGACAGUGCAGUAUGUGGACCAGGUUUUCAUGCUUCUGCAACUCCACAGCUUGAUGAAUUACUCAAACGGGCAACUCAACAGGUUCUAGACCCUGACAACUCAUCACAGACUAUCUAUGAGUCAUGGUUUGGUUCCAGCAAUUCUGAAGAGAUUGGGAGGUUAGGUGGCGGAGGAUCAGAUUUUGCUGCUUUUGUGCAACACAUAGGAAUUCCAUCAGCCAUAAUGUCCUAUGGAACAGGAUACCCAGUCUACCACUCGAUGUAUGACGACUAUAUAUGGAUGCAAAAAUUUGGUGAUCCAGGAUUCCAUAGACAUGUUGCAGUGGCAAGUGUAUGGGGUUUGAUAGCUCUUUGGCUAGCAGACGAUAAGUUUUUGCCCUUUAACUAUCUCUCCUACGCAGAGGAACUCCAGAAAUAUGCGAAGGACUUGGAAGUUGAGAUCUCAGGUAAGGACAUAAACCUAACUCCUCUGCUCAAGUCAAUUGAGGAGCUUGAAAUAGCAGCCACCAAAAUAAAACACCAGAUAAAGGCAAUAAAAGAAAACGAAGGUUGGCGAUCAGUAUGGCAGAAAGAUCAUUUGAAAGUGCGAGAGGUAAAUGACAGACUAAUGAUGGCAGAGCGUGCAUUUACAGACCGUGAUGGGCUCUCUGGGAGGUCAUGGUAUAAGCAUUUAGUUUACGGACCUUCAAAGCAUAAUGAAUACGGAUCUAAAUCCUUCCCGGCAAUUGACGAUGCCAUCAUAAAGGCAAAGAGUUUAAACAGUAGAGAGUCAUGGCAAUCUGUACAACAUGAAAUUUGGAGAGUUGCCAGAGUUAUCAAACAAGCCUCGCAAGUCCUCCAUGGUGGACUGACAUGAGCAUGCAGCAAAUAUACCUACCAUUUGUAUUGUUCAUGCACUUCAUACAUACUACUAAAACUGAAGAGACGACAUUAUACUACAACUAUAUUUCUUUUUUUUUUUCUUUUUUUUUUUUCUUUUUUGGAAAAAAAAGAAAAAAAAAAAGGAAAGGAGGAAAGGAAAAAAAAGAAAAGAAAAAGAAAAGUGUAUCAGCAACCAUUCUGGAUCCCUGUUUGUUUAUAUCUGAGAAAAUAAGAAUGAAUCACGUUGUUGAAUUAAAA